AGUGCAGAAGAGAUGUCGUUGGCCACACGGAAAGGUGUAUAUCCCUACGAAUACACAGAUUCGUGGGAUAAAUUGUGUGAAACUUCCCUACCACCUAAAAUCAAUUUUUAUAGUGCAUUGUCCGAAAGUCACAUAAGCGAAGCGGACUACGAGCACGCGACGCGGGUGUGGAAUCAUUUCGGUUGUUCGACUCUCGGCGCUUAUAGUGAUCUAUAUUUGAAAAUAGACGUACUCAUAAGCGCCGAUGUAUUCGAAAAUUUCAGGGACAUUUGCAUGUCAACGUAUCACCUUGACCCUGCACAUUAUUUCACGGCUCCGGGAUUUAGCUUUGACUGUAUGUUGAAAUACACGUCGGUAAAACUGGAACUGCUCACGGACUUUGAUCAAAUAUUGUUUCUGGAAUCCGGUAUGAGAGGAGGUCUAGUUCAGGCGAGUAAACGGUACGCUAAGGCUAACAAUCCUAAAACGCCCGAAUACAAACCCGAUGAGCCUAUCACACAGCUCAUAUACUUAGAUGCAAAUAAUUUAUACGGAUAUGCGAUGUGUAAGUACAUGCCUAUCGGCGACUUCGCAUGGUACUCGGGCAACCCCGAAGUCGCGCUAGCUCAGCUUGAGUGGAUGAGAGAGACGGACGAUGUUGGGAGAGUUUACGAGGUAGAUAUUUCAUACCCACAAAGUCUACACGAUGCACACAAUGAUAUGCCGUUUUUACCACACGCCAGCAUACCAAACGGGUCCUCCGUCCGAAAGUUGAUGGUCACAUUUCUACGAAAAGAAAACUACGUGGUGCACUAUUUAAAUUUGAAACAGGCCAUGGCACACGGCGUAAUCGUCGAAAAGGUGCAUCGAGUGCUGGAAUUUCGCCAAUCGCCAUGGUUAGCCCCGUACAUCAAUUUAAAUACGGAGAUGCGUCAACGGGCGAGUAAUAAGUUUGAAGAACAGUUUUUCAAAGAUCUUAAUAACUCUGUGUUUGGGAAAACCAUGGAGAAUAUGCGGAAACGAUAUAAAUUGGAGCUUGUAUCGCGUGCCGAUAGGUUGCGUAAGCUUAUUAACAACCCGACGUUCAAGCACUGCACCGUGUAUAAUGAAGAUCUCGCGGCAGUGACGUUACACGGUAAAGAGAUCGAUUUCUGUAAACCUAUCUACAUAGGAUUUUCGGUACUCGAGGUUAGCAAAGUUCUGAUGUACGGAUUCCACUACGAUGUCAUGAAACGACACUACGGCGAUAAGAUCGAGCUGCUAUACACCGAUACUGAUUCGCUAUUGUACCAAGUAACAACCAACGAUUUUUACGACGACUUGGUGGGUGCCCCGAGCUUAAUGCGAUACAUGGACACAUCGAAUUUACCACCUGAUCACAGGUGUUUCACAACGUUGCGUAAAAGGAUCCCGGGGCUUUUCAAAGACGAGGCUAAUGGACGAACCAUUUUUGAAUUUGUCGCGCUCCGCGCCAAAUCUUACGCUUUCGAUGUGGAACACAAAGUCUCCAUUCGUGCGAAGGGCGUUAUGAGACAUGUGAUAAAAAACCAUCUAACACUGAACGAUCAUAAACGAUGUUUGUUCGGCAAUGAUACCGAUGACGACGACGACGACAUCGAACUAGGUGUGCACGCGAGUAAGCUACUAGCCAGAGAUUCCGCGUGUCAAGUUGUCGAACGCAUACACCGCGACGCAUCAUCUCUCACACCGUCACCACCGCCAUCUGAACAGCGACCUUAUGAAGCGUAUACGCCGUAUAGGGAGAACGUGUCUAUCCGGUCUUUUAAACAUCAAGUGUAUACGGUGAAAACAAUGAAGUUAUCAUUAAAUAGAAGGGAUGAUAAACGUUACGUUCUCCCUGACCGUGUGCACACACUCGCGCACGGACAUUAUAAAAUUGUGUAAAUUAUUUUUAAAAUGUAAAUAAAUGUCAUUAUUAUAAU